GAGCAUUUGAGGAUCACAGAAUUGGACAAACAGACCAGUUGCCCGUAGAGAGCAUUUGAGGAUCACAGAAUUGGAAUUGGACAAACAGAAAAACAAAGAGCUAACACUGAUGAAGCAGCGAUGGGGGCCCAACAUGCUAACAACAGGCCUCCCUCCCGCACAACCACCUGUGUGUCCAUGAAGAGUGCUGAGUCUAUGGGUCGACCAAUCGCCUUUACAGGAGGACACUCUUCUACUGACCAGAUGAGGGAUGCAAAUUCUAACAGGUCACCCUCCCCUACGACCACAUGUGUGUCCAUGAUGAGAGAUUGGCCCAUGGCUCGACCAAUGACCUUCAAAAUUGGAGACUCUUCUACUGGAAAGAUGGGGGGCACCAGCUCUAACCAGAGGCCUCUGUCCCCUGCACCCACCCGUGUGUCCAUGAAGAGUGAUGAUUCUAUGGGUCCACCGGUCGACUUUAAAGGAGGAGACCCUUCUACUGAGCAGAUGAGAGACACAAGUUCUAACAGGUCACCCUCAACUACUAAGUCCAUGACUCGACCAAUGACCUUUAAAAGUGGAGACUCUUCUACUGGAAAAUAUCAGCAGAUCCACAAAUCCCACCUGCAGAAGAUGUUUCAGUGUCUGAUUGAGGGAAUCACACAGCAUGGAGACACCAGACUCCUCCAUGAGAUCUACACAGACCUCUACAUCACAGAGGGGGGAGGAGGAGAGGUCAAUGAUGAACAUGAGGUCAGACAGAUAGAGAGGGCAACCUGGAGAGAAGCAGCACGAGGCACACCCAUCAAAUGCAGUGACAUCUUUAAACCCUUAUCCAGACAAGUCGAACCCAUCAGAACAGUGCUGACAAAGGGAGUGGCUGGCAUUGGAAAAACUGUAUCAGUGCAGAAGUUUAUUGUAGACUGGGCCGGAGGAACAGCCAAUCAGGAUAUCCACUUCAUAUUUCCUCUUCCUUUCCGGGAGCUGAACCUCAUGAUGGAGGAAAAAAUAAGUCUGGUUGGUCUUAUUCAGCAUUUUUUUCCAGAGUGCAAUGGUCCAAGAGUCUUCACCAGUUCAGAGCACAGAGUCAUGUUCAUCUUUGAUGGUCUGGAUGAGUGUCGACUUCCACUAGAUUUCCACUCACACCCAGAGUGUUGUGAUGUGACAGAGCCAGCCUCAGUGGACGUGCUGCUGACAAACCUCAUCAAAGGUAAUCUACUUCCUUCUGCUCUCCUCUGGAUCACCACCCGACCAGCAGCAGCCAAUCGGAUCCCUCGUAAGUGUGUGGACCAGGUGACAGAAAUUAGGGGAUUCAAUGACCCACAGAAAGAUGAGUACUUCAGGAAGAGAAUCAGUGAUGAGAACCUUGCUAGCAAAACCAUCACACACCUGAAGUCAUCCAGGAGCCUCUACAUCAUGUGCCACAUUCCGGUCUUCUGCUGGAUUUCAGCCACUGUGGUAGAGAUCAGCGGCAUCAGAGAGGUAUUAGAGGAAUCAGAGAGAGUAGAAAUGCCAAGGACUCUGACUCAAUGGUACACGCACUUCCUGGUCAUCCAAACAAACAUGAAAAAGUUCACAGACAGAAAAGAAAGAGAUGAAGACGUGAUUUUCAAACUGGGGAAACUGGCCUUCCAACAGCUGGAGAAGGGCAAUCUGAUCUUCUAUGAGGAAGACCUGAGAGAGUGUGGCAUUGAUGUCACAGAAGCAUCGGUGUACUCGGGAGUGUGUACUCAGAUCUUCAGAGAGGAGGCUGGGCUGUACCAGGGGAAGGUGUUCAGCUUUGUGCAUCUGAGUAUCCAGGAGUUUCUUGCAGCUCUGUAUGUGUUUCUCUGCUUCAGCAACAGACAGAGAAACAUGGCUGACCAACAGCAAAGCUCUCAGCUCUCUGCUCUGUUCACAGCUGCAACACUUCAUGAUCUACACAAGACUGCAGUGGACCUGGCCUUACAGAGUAAGAAUGGACACCUGGACCUUUUCCUCCGCUUCCUUCUGGGCCUCUCACUGGAGUCCAAUCAGAAUCUCUUAAAGCACCUACUCUUAAAGGGCUGUAGCCAAUCAGAUAGCUCAGCGCAAACAGUCCAGUGUGUCAAACAGAAGAUCAGAGAUCAGAGUAGCUCAGCCAGAAGGAUCAACCUGUUCUACUGUCUGAAUGAGCUGAACCACCAUGCUGUAGUGGAGACCAUUGACAAGAGCUCAGGAAUUCUGUAUGUAGACACACUGUUACCAGGAGAGUGGAAGACUGGGAGAUUUGAGAUUAAGAUGUCAGAAGAACAGCUAGAUGAGUUUGACCUGCAGAAGUACUUAAAGACACCAGAAAAAGAUCAGACUGAAAUAUUAAGUCCAGAUGAUGUUCUUCAGAAGCUGAUGCCAGUGGUUACAACAUCAGAAUCAGCUCAGCUGAGGGACUGCAAUCUGACAGAGAAGAGCUGUUCCUAUCUGGCCUCUGCCCUGACAUCACACUCCUCAAGUCUCAGACUGCUGGACCUGAGUGGCAAUGACCUGCUGAACUCAGGAGUGGAACUUUUAUGUGCUGCUCUUUGCUAUCAACACUGCAUAGUUGAGGAACUUCAGCUGAAUAGCUGUAAUCUGACGGAGAAGAGCUGUUCCUAUCUGGCCUCUGCUCUGACCUCACACUCCUCAAGUCUCAGACUGCUGGACCUGAGUGGGAAUGACCUGCUGGACUCAGGAGUGGAACUUUUAUGUGCUGGUCUUUGUCAUCAAUAUUGCAAACUCGAGGAACUUCAGCUGAUUGUCUGUAAUCUGACAGAGAAGAGCUGUUCCUAUCUGGCCUCUGCCCUGACCUCAGACUUCUCAAGUCUCAGACUGCUGGACCUGAGUGGCAAUGAGCUGCUGGACUCAGGAGUGGAACUAUUAGAUUCUGCUCUUUGUCAUCAAAACUGCAAGCUGGAGAAAUUAAAGCUGAAUGGCUGUAGGCUGACAGAGAACAGCUGUUCCUAUCUGGACUCUGCUCUGACCGCACCCUCCUCAAGUCUCAGACUGCUCGACCUGAAGGGCAAUGAGCUGCUGGACUCAGGAGUGGAACUUUUAUGUUCUGCACUUUGUCAGCAGAACUGCAAACUGGAGGAACUAUGGCUGAUUGGCUGUAAUCUGACGGAGAGGAGCUGUUCCUGUCUGGCCUCUGCCCUGACCGCACCCUCCUCAAGUCUCCGAGUGCUGGACCUGAGAUACAAUGACCUGAGUGAAUCAGCUGUAGAGCCGCUCUCUGCUCUACUGAACGACACGGAUUCUAAACUGGAGGAUGUAGAAUGGUAUUAGUUCAGGAACAGCCCUGAACUGGAUGGACACACACACACACACACACACACACACACACACACACACACGCACACAUACUCAGAGAAGAGGAUCAUAACGGCCCUGAACUGGAUGGGUCCAGGAGGUCAUGACAUGAACAUGACAUACACACACACACACACACACACACACACACAGACACACACACACACACACACACACACACACACACACACACACACACACAAGAGGAUCAGUCCACACACACACACACACACACACACACACACACACACUCACACACACAAAGAGAGAAGAGGUUCAGUCACUCUCAAGCAUGUGCAAAUAUACCAGUUGUAUAAACAUCUGAAAUCUGUUGUAUCUAUUUGUUAUUGUUUGGUAUGUAUGAAACCAUAUAUGGAGUGGAAAAGACAUUGUAUAAUACCUAUCACUAUCUGUUGUAAAGAUAUUUGUUCAUACUGUAUAUAUAUUAUUGUAAUAUUUUUUAUCUUUGGAUAUUUGGACAUUGAAAUUGUAUACAAUUCUAUCAAAUAUAUGUGUGAGUGAGUGUGCUUGUAUUUAUGUGUGUGUGUGUGUGUGUGUGUGUGUGUGUGUGUGUGUGUGUGUGUGUGUGUGUGUGUGUGUGUGUGUGUGUGUGUGUGUGUGAAAGAGGCCCUGAACGGCCCUGAACUGGAUGGCUCCAGAAGGUCAUGACAUGAACAUGGCAUACACACACACACACACACACACACACACACACACACACACACACACACACACACACACACACUCACACAAAGAGUGAAGAGGUUCAGUCACUCUCAAGCAUGUGCAAAUAUACCAGUUGUAUAAACAUCUGAAAUCUGUUGUAUCUAUUUGUUAUUGUUUGGUAUGUAUGAAACCAUAUAUGGAGUGGAAAAGACAUUGUAUAAUACCUAUCACUAUCUGUUGUACAUAUAUUUGUUUAUACUGUAUAUAUAUUAUUGUAAUAUUUUUUUAUCUUUGGAUAUUUGGACACUGUUGUUGAAAUUGUAUACAAAUCUAUCAAAUAUAUGU